ACUGAACACUGAACUGCUGGAGCGCUGGAGCUGGAACUCCUGAUUCAAUUCAAGUAGGCCUAGGCCUUGUUUGUAGUAUUUUUGUGUAACGUAGGCUACUUAACAACUGUCAUUUUGCUCUUUAAUGUUUAAUUUGAUAAUAUAUACAUUUAUCUUAAAUGAUUGAAGUUGUUCCCAUUUGUUUUAUACCUCCUAGUGACGUGAACCAAACCUUUUAGAUGUUUCUGGAGUACAUUGUGCAACUGAUACAAGCAAUGCUUCAGGUUCUUUGGUUUAGUCAAAAGACGCUAUCCAAUACUUUGAACAUUUAUGUGAAAUCGAACACAGGGAAGACUUUGUCAGUAUCAUUAGAUCCUAAAUGGGAUGUCAAGAACGUCAAAGAAGUAAUUGCUCCUAAAUUAGGUUUGCCUCCUGAUGAGUUAAAGAUAAUAUUUGCUGGGAAAGAACUUGAAGAUUCAAUAAUCAUUGAGGAUUGUGAUUUGGGCGAACAAAGUAUUCUUCAUGCUGUGAAAACAAAACGAAGAACUUCAUCCUCUCCGGCAACAAAGCCAUUGAAUGAAGCCCUUAAAGAUUUACAACUUGCAAAUAUAACAGAAGCUGAGGAUGCACCACUAACAGAGGAAGAGGCGGUGGUUGAGCGGAAGAGAGUUCACUUCUAUGUGUAUUGUGCCUCUCCGUGUGGAGGAGUGAGAGAGGGUAAGCUGAGAGUGAGAUGUUCAUCUUGCAAGAGUGGAGCCUUCACAGUGGACAGUGACCCAAGGUGUUGGGAAGAUGUGCUCAAGCCUCACAAGAUAUCUGGCCAUUGCGAGGAGGAAGCAUGCCCAGAUGGAGCAGUUGGUUGGGCAGAGUUUUACUUCAAAUGUAGUGAGCACACGAGCCAGGGAGAGAAGGACCAAGCAGUUCCCUUAUACCUUAUCAGGGCUAACCUGCGUGAGGUACCUUGUCUGGCUUGCACUGAUGUCAGUGACCCAGUGCUGGUGUUCCCGUGUGAGGCGAGUCACGUGACCUGUUUGGAGUGUUUCCGCCAGUACUGCGUAACGAGACUACGAGAGCGACAGUUUGUGAGUGAUGAGCAGUUAGGCUACACGCUGCCUUGUCCUGCGGGAUGUCCAGACUCUCUCAUCGCAGAGUGUCAUCACUUCCGCCUCCUCACGCAAGAACAGUACGCACAGUAUCAGAGGUUCGGAGCAGAGGAGUUUGUGCUCAAGGCGGGCGGAGUGCUGUGUCCUCAGCCUGGAUGUGGCGCUGGCAUCUUGGCUGACCCUGACUGUAUACGGAUAACUUGUGUGAACGGUUGUGGUUUUGUGUUCUGUCGAUUGUGUCUGCAAGGUUACCACAACGGAGACUGUGACUCAAGAGAGCAAACAGCUGCGGUUGGCAGCAGCGGUUACUCUGUUGAUCCGCACAGGGCUGGAGCUGCAAGAUGGGAUGAAGCCAGUAGAGUGACCAUAAGAGUGAUGACCAAACCUUGUCCUGAAUGUAGAACAGCUACAGAACGUGACGGGGGCUGUAUGCACAUGGUCUGCACCAGAUGCAACUUCCACUGGUGUUGGGUCUGUCAGACUGAAUGGACUCGGGAUUGUAUGGGAGCUCAUUGGUUCGGUUAAACUUCGACUCCAACAAUAGUCCUCUUUAACAAUGGUGCCUUACGUACAAUGGUUUCUACUCACAAAGAAGUUUUAGGAAUAUUUAAUGUUCGUUAGUCAUUAAGCUAGUCCAAUUUUUUCGAGUGUGAAUACACAUUUUGUAUUUAUAAUUAACUAUGUUCACAUAUAAUUUGAGUCUUAAUAGGCAAUCAGUUUUCUGGAGUUUCAGUUUUUUUACAGAGUUUGAAUUGUUGGAAUGGCCAAUCUACUUUAUUUACUUCAUAAGUGUUUAAUACAAUAUUGAAGUAUAGUAAAAUAAUAAAUGAAUACAAUAAUUGAAACAAUAAUUUAAGUUGUCAAAAGAUGUUUGUUCAAGACCAACAUGGAUUUUGUGUUUGA